AUGCUCUGCUUCUUCACCCUCUUCACCUCUCCGGCUUUCUUUCACGCUUCCACCUACCUCCAACCGCUCACCAAAUUCAUCACUUCCGCUCACUUUGACUAUCACUACCAACCCGACUUUCGAACAACCACCAUCAAAAUGCGCUGGUCUCCCGAGAAGGACCAGAUCUUGCUGAUCAAGAUCCUGGAAACCUCCGACAUUAACCCCAACUCCGAGGCUAUUGCCAAUACCUGGCCCGGUGAUGAGGCUCCCACUCCGCGUGCUGUCAAGGAACGCAUUUACAAGAUCCGUCAGAUGAUCCUGACCGCUCAGCCUGGCGAGGAUGCCGACAACACUGCGUCUGGGGAGGGGGCAAACAGCACCCAGACCACCCCCAAGACUCCCAGGGCUGUUAAGGCCUCCAAGGCUCCCAAAACUCCUAAGACCCCCAAGUCUGCAGGUUCUGGCAGCAAGAAGCGCAAGCUCGCGUCUCCCGAGCCUAAGAUUGAGGAGGAGGAAACCGAUCAGGCCGAGUGGGAGGACAACCACCUGGAUGGGAAGAGCAAGCGCGUCUUCGACGAGGUCCGCAAGGAAACUCUGCCCGACCCUGAUUUAUGGGACACUUACCCGAUAGUAGAGGUCUAA